AUGACAAGUGGAAAUUUUACGAUUGCAACAACAAUUUGGUACCCGAAAAAAUAAAAUUUCUAGAAAAAGAAAAUCUAAGAAAUUAAAUAUUCUAACGCUAUGGACCCAAUUGUUGAUGGAAGGAUCAUUGAUUGGCAAAUAUCUCGUCAUGAUAUAAGAUCGCGAGGCACAUAUUUGUUAGAAACUGGAAAAUGGAGUGAUUGUACAUUCUUAGUGGGAAGUGAAAAUAACCAACAAACUCUUGCAUGCCACAAGAUAAUCCUCGCAAUGGCCAGUCCUGUGUUCGAGACAAUGUUUUAUGGAAGCUUCAACUCUUCAUCAGAUCCAAUCUUAAUUUCAGAUGUACAAGCAGAUGCUUUCAAAGCUUUACUUGAAUAUAUGUACACGGACAAAAUUAACAUUAAUAAUGUUGACAAGGCUUUUGACUUAUGCUAUGCUGCUAAGAAAUAUAUGUUGCCUUUCGUUGUUGAUCAAUGCACAAAAUUUCUAUGGUCUGAUUUAUGUCCGAAAAAUGCAUGCAGAGCGUAUGAGUUUGCAAAACUCUUCGAAGAGCCGUCACUACAGGAAAAAUGUUUACAAAUUAUUUGUACGAAAACCAUGGACGUCAUUGGCGAUCCGUCAUUUGAAGAAGUUGAAUUAUCGACAAUCAUAACAAUUCUCGACCAAGAUGCUCUCAACGUUGAUAAUGAAUUGGCACUUUUCUUUGCGAUAAAUCGUUUUGCUGAGAAACAAGGACUACGUCAUGACAAUAUAGAAAAUACAGAUCAGAAUCAGAACGAUGAAAAUGAUCAAAUUGACGACCCUGAACCAAUAAAUCUCGAAGCUGGCCCAUCAAACCGUCCCGACCCUCAACCUCAACCAGCAGCUCAGCAACAACAGCGUGUUCAAGAUAUCCCAACAAUUCGCGAUGCUGUAAAGAAAAUUCGCUUCCUGACUUUAACGCCACAACAAUUUGCUGAAGGUCCAGCCAGAACUAAUCUCUUAUCACAGUCUGAAGCUUUUGCUAUAUUAAUGAAUAUCUCAACACCCAACUCAGUUUAUCCAAUGCCAGACAGUUUCACUCUCAAUAAGAAUCCAAGAGUAUUUAAUGUUUUCGCAGAUUCAAGAUCACCAAGUCCGGCAAUACUUUCUGGACCGUCACAGGUUCAAGCUCUUUCAGUUAAUGUUCCACCACCCGCACCAGCUCCAACUGGUGAUCAUAGUUGUCAAGUAAUGCCUCAACUUCCUUUACCAGGGGAUUCUCUGAGUUUUUUCCACAGCUUCCCACAGCGUCAUAUAAGCGAAGAGAGACGAUAUUAUUGUAUUAGAACUAUUCAACAACUAAGAGAAAUUUACAAUCGUUCAGUACUUGAAUCUUCAUUCACAUUUUCGGUUGAUCGAAAUGUCUCCAUACUUGGCAUAACAAUCUUUACCCAAACACGUACUCAGCCAAUUUCAAAUGAAAAUCGUAAUCUUGAUAGAUACAGUGAAAUUAUCUACGCCCAUCUCUUGGAUUCUCAUAGUUCACGAUUAACUUACACACAUUCAAAUCAACGUGUUCCAUACGACAGCGACAGUGAAAUCUUCUUUGAUCGUCCAAUGUUUAUUCAGAGUAAUAAAGUUUAUAAGAUUGGCGUUGCAUUUAACAAAAUUGGAUUCUAUCAGGAACAUUCAGUUCAUCCAACGUUCCGAGCAUCAAAUAUAACAUUCACAUUCAAUACUGGAAACUCAAUAGACACAACACGCGAAGGUCUCAUACGAGGAAUUAUCUACAGCAUGUAACCAUUGGAUGAUUCCGAUUGAAUUCUUUCAUGUCACGGUUAUCCGUGAAAAUAUUAUUUAUGAAUGAUUCUAAAUUAAUAAAUAUCUAUCUAUGAUAAAGUCCAUAAUACUUACUUAUUAUCUUAGCAAAUAAAAAAGGUUUCAAACAAAA